AUGUCUGGCAAGUUGGACAAGUCUCUCGACGAGAUUCUCGUCAGCCGCCGACAGGGUGCUCGUCGUCGCGACCGCCGUUCGGCCCCUAAGGCCGCCGCCGCUUCUGUUCCGGUCGGUGGAGUCAAGAAGACCACCAAGACUGCUAAGCCUACCGGCAAGGUUGCUCAGAAUGGACACCCUAUCUCGCGUGAAAGUAAAAUCAUGGUCAGCGGCUUGCCUGCCGAUGUGAACGAGGCCAAUAUCAAGGAAUACUUCACUAAGUCUGCAGGUCCCGUGAAGCGAGUUAUGCUCACCUACAACCAGAAUGGUACUAGCCGCGGAAUCGCAUCCAUCGUCUUCAGCAAGCCCGAUACGGCUGCGAAGGCUGCCAAGGAUUUGAAUGGCCUUCUAGUCGAUGGGAGACCCAUGAAGAUCGAGGUUGUCGUUGAUGCCUCCCACGCGCCCGAUGUCGCUGCUCCCAAGUCCCUUGGUGAGCGUGUCGCUCAAACCAAGCCCAAGCCCAAGCCUGCUACCGCCAACAAGGCCGCUACGAACGCCCAGGGACGUGGUCGCCGUGGUGCCCGUAAGAACGGCCGCACUCCCAACCGCCCCAAGCCUAAGACUGUCGAGGAGCUUGAUGCAGAGAUGGUUGACUACUUCGCUACCACCGAUAACACCGGCCCUGCUGAGGGUAACGCUCAGACGAACGGAGCCCCUCAGCAGCAACAAGCUGCCGCCUCUGGUGAGGACCUUGGCAUGGCUGAGAUCUCUUAA